CCGUAAGUGGCGACUAUGGGCAGACUGGGUUAUUGGACCCUGCUGGUGCUGCCGGCCCUUCUGGUCUGGCGCGGUCCGGCGCAGGGCGCGGCGGCGGAGAAGGGUCCCCCGGCGCUGAACAUCGCAGUGCUGCUGGGUCACAGCCACGACGUGACGGAGCGUGAACUGCGAAACCUCUGGGGCCCCGAGCAGGCAGCAGGGCUGCCCCUGGACCUGAACGUGGUAGCACUGCUGAUGAACCGCACGGACCCGAAGAGCCUCAUCACGCACGUGUGUGACCUCAUGUCAGGGGCGCGCAUCCACGGCCUGGUGUUUGGGGACGAUACCGACCAGGAGGCCGUGGCCCAGAUGCUGGAUUUUAUCUCCUCGCAGACUUUCAUCCCCAUCCUGGGCAUCCACGGGGGCUCAUCUAUGAUCAUGGCUGACAAGGAUCCAACGUCUACCUUCUUCCAGUUUGGAGCGUCCAUCCAGCAGCAAGUCACCGUCAUGCUGAAGAUCAUGCAGGAUUAUGACUGGCAUGUUUUCUCCCUGGUGACCACCAUCUUCCCUGGCUACAGGGACUUCAUCAGCUUCAUCAAGACCACGGUGGACAACAGCUUUGUGGGCUGGGACAUGCAGAACGUGAUCACACUGGACACGUCCUUCGAGGAUGCAAAGACACAAGUCCAGUUGAAGAAGAUCCACUCCUCCGUCAUCUUGCUCUACUGUUCCAAAGACGAGGCCGUCCUCAUCCUGAGUGAGGCCCGCUCCCUCGGCCUCACUGGGUACGAUUUCUUCUGGAUCGUCCCCAGCUUGGUCUCGGGGAAUACGGAGCUCAUCCCCAAAGAGUUUCCAUCGGGACUUAUUUCUGUCUCCUACGAUGACUGGGACUACAGCCUGGAGGAAAGGGUGAGGGACGGCCUGGGCAUCCUGACCACUGCUGCAUCUUCCAUGUUGGACAAGUUCUCCUACAUCCCCGAGGCCAAGGCCAGCUGCUACGGGCAGAUGGAGAAGCCAGAGGUCCCACUGCACACGCUGCACCAAUUUAUGGUCAAUGUGACAUGGGAUGGCAAAGACUUGUCCUUCACUGAGGAAGGCUAUCAGGUGCACCCCAGGCUGGUGGUCAUCGUGCUGAACAAGGACCGCGAAUGGGAAAAGGUGGGCAAGUGGGAGAACCACACCCUGAGCCUGAGGCACGCCGUGUGGCCCAGGUACAAGUCCUUUUCGGACUGUGAGCCAGACGACAACCAUCUGAGCAUCGUCACACUGGAGGAGGCCCCCUUUGUCAUCGUGGAAGACAUAGACCCGCUGACUGAGACGUGUGUGAGGAACACUGUGCCAUGUCGGAAGUUCAUCAGAAUCAACAAUUCAACCAAUGAGGGCAUGAAUGUUAAAAAAUGCUGCAAGGGGUUCUGCAUCGAUAUCCUAAAGAAGCUUUCGAGAACAGUGAAGUUUACCUAUGACCUUUACCUGGUGACUAAUGGGAAGCAUGGCAAGAAAGUUAACAAUGUGUGGAAUGGAAUGAUUGGUGAGGUGGUUUAUCAACGGGCAGUCAUGGCAGUUGGCUCACUCACCAUCAAUGAGGAACGUUCUGAAGUGGUGGACUUCUCUGUGCCCUUUGUGGAGACGGGAAUCAGUGUCAUGGUUUCAAGAAGCAAUGGCACUGUAUCACCUUCUGCUUUUCUAGAACCAUUCAGCGCCUCCGUCUGGGUGAUGAUGUUUGUGAUGCUGCUCAUUGUAUCCGCCAUAGCUGUUUUCGUAUUUGAAUACUUCAGUCCUGUUGGAUACAACAGAAACUUAGCCAAAGGGAAAGCACCCCAUGGGCCUUCUUUUACGAUUGGAAAAGCUAUAUGGCUUCUUUGGGGCCUGGUGUUUAACAACUCCGUGCCUGUCCAGAAUCCUAAAGGGACCACCAGCAAGAUCAUGGUGUCCGUGUGGGCCUUCUUUGCCGUCAUAUUCCUGGCCAGCUACACGGCUAAUCUGGCUGCUUUCAUGAUCCAGGAGGAGUUUGUGGACCAAGUGACUGGCCUCAGUGACAAAAAGUUUCAGAGACCUCACGACUAUUCCCCUCCCUUUCGAUUUGGCACGGUGCCCAACGGCAGUACGGAGAGAAACAUUCGGAACAACUACCCCUACAUGCAUCAGUACAUGACCAAAUUUAAUCAGAAGGGAGUAGAGGACGCCUUGGUCAGCUUGAAAACAGGGAAACUGGACGCUUUCAUCUAUGAUGCUGCGGUCUUGAAUUACAAGGCCGGGAGGGACGAAGGCUGCAAGCUGGUGACCAUUGGAAGUGGGUACAUCUUUGCCACCACUGGUUAUGGAAUUGCCCUCCAGAAAGGCUCCCGUUGGAAGAGGCAGAUUGACCUGGCCCUGCUCCAGUUUGUGGGUGAUGGGGAGAUGGAAGAGCUGGAGACCCUGUGGCUCACGGGGAUCUGCCACAACGAGAAGAACGAGGUGAUGAGCAGCCAGCUGGACGUCGACAACAUGGCGGGUGUGUUCUACAUGCUGGCGGCCGCCAUGGCCCUCAGCCUCAUCACCUUCAUCUGGGAACACCUCUUCUACUGGAAGCUGCGCUUCUGCUUCACGGGCGUGUGCUCCGACCGGCCGGGCCUGCUCUUCUCCAUCAGCAGGGGCAUUUACAGCUGCAUUCACGGGGUGCACAUUGAAGAAAAGAAGAAGUCUCCAGACUUCAAUCUGACCGGAUCCCAGAGCAACAUGUUAAAACUCCUUCGGUCAGCCAAAAACAUUUCCAACUUGUCCAACGUGAACUCCUCAAGAAUGGAUUCCCCCAAAAGAGCUGCUGACUUCAUUCAAAGAGGAUCCCUCAUCAUGGACAUGGUUUCAGAUAAGGGAAACUUGGUAUAUUCAGACAACAGGUCCUUUCAGGGGAAAGAGAGCAUUUUUGGGGACAACAUGAAUGAACUGCAAACCUUCAUGGCCAACAGGCACAAGGAUAACCUCAACAACUAUGUGUUCCAGGGCCAGCACCCUCUGACUCUCAAUGAGUCUAACCCUAACACAGUGGAGGUGGCCGUGAGCACGGAAUCCAAAGGGAACUCCAGGCCCCGGCAGCUUUGGAAGAAAUCCAUGGAAUCUCUACGCCAAGAUUCGCUGACCCAGAACCCAGUCUCCCAGAGGGAUGAGGGAACCGUGGAGAACAGGAGCUACUCCCUGAAGAGUCCUAGGUACCUUCCAGAAGAGGUGGCCCACUCGGACAUCUCAGAAACUUCGAGCCGGGCCACGUGCCACCGGGAGCCUGACAACAGUAAGAACCACAAGGCCAAGGACAACUUCAAAAGGUCAGUGGCCUCCAAGUACCCCAAGGACUGCAGCGAGGUCGAGCGCUCCUACCUGAAAACCAAAGCGAGCUCCCCCAGGGACAAGAUCUACACCAUUGAUGGGGAGAGGGAGGCCAGUUUCCACCUCGAUCCUCCCCAGUUUGUCGAAAACGUGGCCCUUCCCGAGAACGUGGACUUCUCCAAUGUCUACCAGGACCAUAGUGACAGUUUCCGCAAGGGGGACUCCACACUGCCCAUGAACAGGAGUCCCCUGCACGAUGAAGAUGGGCUCCCCAACAAUGACCAGUAUAAACUCUACUCCAAGCACUUCACCUUGAAAGACAAGAGUUCCCCUCACAGCGAGGGCAGCGACCGGUACCGGCAGAACUCCACGCACUGCAGGAGCUGCCUGUCCAACCUGCCCACCUAUUCAGGCCACUUCACCAUGAGGUCCCCCUUCAAAUGCGACUCCUGCCUACGGAUGGGGAACCUCUAUGACAUUGACGAAGACCAGAUGCUUCAGGAGACAGGUAACCCCGCUACCCAGGAGGAGGUCUACCAGCAGGACUGGGCACAGAGCAGCGCCCUCCAGUUCCAAAAGAACAAGCUGAGGAUUAGCCGGCAGCAUUCCUACGAUAACAUCCUCGACAAACCCAGGGAGUUGGACCUUAGCAGGCCCUCCCGGAGCAUAAGCCUCAAGGACAGGGAGCGGCUUCUGGAGGGAAACUUGUACGGGAGUCUCUUUAGUGUCCCCUCCAGCAAACUCUCGGGGAACAAAGGCUCCCUUUUCCCCCAGGGUCUGGAGGUCAGCAAACGGAGCAAGUCUCUCUUGCCAGACCACACCUCCGAUAACCCUUUCCUCCACUCCUAUGGGGAUGACCAACGCUUAGUUAUUGGGAGGUGCCCCUCGGACCCUUAUAAACACUCGCUGCCAUCCCAGGCAGUGAAUGACAGCUAUCUCCGAUCGUCCUUGAGGUCGACGGCAUCAUACUGUUCCAGGGACAGUAGAGGCCACAGCGAUGUGUAUAUUUCGGAGCAUGUUAUGCCUUAUGCUGCAAAUAAGAAUAAAAUGUACUCUGCCCCCAGGGUUUUAAAUUCCUGCAGCAAUAGACGCGUGUACAAGAAAAUGCCUAGUAUUGAAUCCGAUGUUUAA